AUGUACCAUCUGAAGACCACCACCCGCCCCUCCGGAGUCGCCUCCGCCCUGGCCACCUCCCCCGCUGGCCUCGCCCUCCACCCGCCCGACCACACCCCUCCCUCGCUCUCGCUCCAGCUCGUCCCUCCCUCAGACCUCGUACUCGUCUUCGGCGAAAAUGCCGAACACGCUGCUGCGCUCAAGACUCUCUCGCUCAACGGCUACACUGCGCUACGCAGCGACGACGACUUUGAUGCUCUGCUGGCGACCACGCCGAGCCUCACCACUCUCUCGCUGGUCGGCUGCUCGGGCUUGUCUGAUUCAGCGCUUGCGAUCAUCGCCAUGCGCCUGCCCAACACCCUCACCUCGCUGGACCUCUCGCACACGACCAUCCCCACGCCUGCUGGUCUCCGCGAGUUGUGUGCGGCGGUGGAUGGGCUCGCCGAGCUGAAGAUGGGCUUCUCGUCGGCAGAUGAUGAAGUUCUGAAGAUCCUUGGCCAGGAGGCGGCCUCGCUGACAGCCAUCGCUGUCCCGCACUGCUCCAACAUCAGCGACGAGGGCGUGUUGAGUGUGACUACCCCAGACGCGGCCUGCGCCCUGGCUGCACUUGAUAUCUCGUCGUGCAUCCUGGUCUCGCCGCCGGUGCUGGAGCAUGUGGCUGCUGUCGAGGCUGCGGCUGCGAACGGCGCCGAGCGCCCCGCUUUCGCACCUGUCCCGGCUGCAGACGAGCUAGCGGCGGCGGCCUCGGCCGGCUCGUCGGCCAUCGCCGAGCUUGUGGGUGUGCGGUCGACGCUGGACGAGCUCCACACCCGCUGGGCUGACCUGGCCGAGUCCACCGUCCUGCCGGAGCCGAUCCAGGUGACGACGGCGCUUGCGGGCACCAUGGACGCCUACCUUGAUGCUGCAGAGACCAAGGCGGCGGCGUCGGAACGUGCUGCGGCGGAGGCGGCGAAGGCGGCAGCGGCAGCCCGGGCCUUUACUGAUGCGCGGUCGGUUGUGGUCGCCAAGAUGGAGGGCGUGUGUGACGGCGGACAGGAUGCGCUCAAGACCGCCCUCGAGGAGCUUGAGGAGGCUGAUGCACUCGCGGCGCGCGACAACGCGCUUGAGGCUGCUGCCGCGGCCAGCGCCGCCGCCGAGGAAGCUGCCGAAGACCGGACGGCCACACUCUCGUGUGCGGCCAGGGCUGCGCUCGCGCUUGUUGAAGGCGCCGAGGAGUAUCACUCCGAGCAGGUGCGCGAGGCCUCGCUGCCGUCGCGCGACGAGUGGGUGGCGGUGCUGCGGGCCGAGGAGGCGCACGCCGACCAUGUCACGAGCGUAUUGGCUCCAGCGACGAGCGACGCGGUGGCGGCGCUGUCGGCGGCGGUGGCAGCCUUUGACAAGGCAGCCGCCGCGGUUGAGACGGCAGUCGAUCUGCGCCGGGCGGCCAACGAGGCCGCGGUGAGCCUGGCGAUGAGACUUACGCCGCAGGCCGCGGCCGAGCUCAACGUCGAGUAUGCGGCGGCAGCGGCCGAGCUGCAGCGUGCCCAUUUUGACACGCAGCACAUUCAGGCACUGCUGGCGCUGCGCCACGAGCUGGAGGGCGCGCUCCAGACGUUACCAGAGCUCAAGGAAACCAUGUACGUCCUGGACACUGAGCUUGAUCAGAAUGGGUUGGCCAUCCGUGGGGUCAAGCGCAAGGCCCGGCGGCGUGGACGCGACAGCCCGGCCGAGUUGGCCAAGCUGGAGGCCAGGAAAGCUGAGCUAGAAGCCCAGCUUGCGGCGGUGCAGGAUCAGGCGGUCGACGUGAGCUCGCUGUUUGAAUCGACGGCAGCAAUGGAGUACUUCCCCGAUGUCGAGGCGCGCGCGCACCUCCCGUCGUACCUCGCGCGGAUGGCGUCAUCGAUGGCGGGUCCUUCGGCGCCGGAGCUGUCUGCCGGAGCCACUGCCGACGACUACGCGCCGGUCGCAGGCGGAACUCUGAAGAAGACCGGCGUCCAGGGCGACAUGCACGUGUACCGGGCAAUCCACGGUCCGACAGGCACCGAGGUUGUGGUCAAGACGAUGCGGACGGGUGUGGCCAAGGCGGCCAACCACGAGCUGCUGAAACAGAUGCGGCGCGAGGCGGCGACGACGUCGCGGCUGGACCACCCAAGCGUGGUCAAGGUGACACGGGUGUUCGAGGGCCCGGACUCGGUCUCGAUCGAGAUGCCGUACUACCCGGGCGGCAACCUGCGGACUUGGGUGGCGGACAAGAACGUGUCGAUCGCUGCUGGCGGCGACCGGCUGCUACUGGCAGUGUGGCGGCAGCUGUCGUCUGCACUGGCGCACGCCCACGCGGCCGGCGUCGUCCAUCGCGACGUCAAGCCGGACAACGUGUUUGUGGCCGACCCGGCCGUUCCGCAGGUUGUCUUGGGCGACUUUGGUAUCGCCAAGGCAGUCGAAUCGACGCAGACGCUGGGUGCAACGCUGAUGACGACGGUGGGCGGGUUUGGGUUUGGCACGGCAUACUACGCCCCGCCCGAGUCUCGGGAGGCCGAGUGGUCCAAGCUCGAGCAUCCGUACGCGGUCGACGUGUACUCGCUGGGUGUCAUCUUGCUCGAGCAUUUGACGGGCGCACACGUGGCACAACUGCCGCUGGGCGAUCCCGAGCAGAUCUCUGCGGCGCUUGAUGCUGCGGUCGGCAGCCAUCCUGUGCUGAGCCUGCUUGCGCCUGUGGUGGCGAGCAUGGUGGCGGUGGAUCCGGCGACACGGCCGACGAUGGAGAUGGUGAGCGCAGUGAUCGAGAGUCUGGUGCCCAAGCUCGACGCGCUCGCUGCAUCGCGGGCGCGGACAACGUCGCGGGUCCAUGCGCUCCACGCGCAGCGGACGGCACGCCAUCAGGUGCGCUCCGGAGACAGCUCGCUUGCGCCCAAGGUGUGGGAUGUUGUGGACGGGAGCGAUGCGGCAGCGGUACUGCAGUACGUCGGCGCGGCGGACGAGGAGACGCUGAAGGCACGCGUGACAGCGAUCGGGUUUGACACGCUCGACGAGGCUGUGGCAAGCGUGUGCGAGGCGAUCAAGGCCGAUCCGGCUGCGUUUGGCUGCGUGGCCGGCGCCAACGGGACGCUGCUGGUGGACGAUGUGGACACCGCACGGGCCCUGGGCCUGCUCAUCGGUAAGUGCGUGGUGGAGGGCGUGCACGUUCCGCUGGAGUUUGCGGGCGUGGUCUACACCAUGCUCGCCGGCGGCCCAGACACCGCGGCCGUCGAGCCGCGGCUGCCGUCGCGCGAUCCGACGCAUCACCUGGAUGCGCUGCGGUGGGCGAGCUGGGCGAGCGCGUGGACGGGCGAGACGCCCGGUGCUGCGAGCGAGACGUACGAGAUGCUUAUUGGCGUGCGGAGAGAGGCGCUGUUCGCGCUGCACGAGGCGAUGUGGCGGGUGCUGGCGAUGGGCGAGCUUGCGGUCCAUGCUGCGCUACUCACGCCCGACGAUCUGCAGCUUGCGGUCCUUGCGCCGACCGCCAUCGACCGCGACGGCCUCCUGGCGGCAGUGUCGUGGCUGGAGGGCGAUGCAGCGGACCAUGAUGCUGCUGUGCGCGCAAAGGAGCGGUGGACGACGCUGGUGCUGUCGCUGGAAGAGGUGGCGGUGCAGCUGCUGGUGAGCGCGGUGUGGGGUGUGGCGGGCUUUGGUGGCUGCGGCUUUGAGCAGGUGACGGGCGUGUUUGGCGGCGCGGUGGCUGGAUGUGAGCGCGGGCUGCUGACGCUGCCACAUCUUGUGGAUGACGAUGCGAUGUUUGGGUCGCUCGUCCUCGGCGCGCUCGGCCUCAUGGCGCCUGCGACCGAGCGGUGUGUGGUGUGUGGCGACGGGUUCCGGGCUGACGAGGGCAUGGCGUGCCGGGUGGCGACCGGGAGCGCUGCGCACUUUCUCUGCAGAAAGUGCUUCGGCGAUCGAGUGAAGGCUUCGCUGACGCCGGACGCCAUCGGGGAGUUCAAGGCGGCCGGGUGCAUGAUCAAGUGUCCGAUGGCCGAGUGCCCGGCGGAGGUGUUCUCGCUCAACGACGUCUCGCGGUGGGCGCCCGAGAGCUUUGUCGCGUUUGUCGACCUGCGGCAGGAGGUGUUCCAAGCCAAGCUGCAGCAGGAGAUGGAGGCGCGGGCGCGGGCGGAGCUGGAGGAAGCCCUCAAGGCGGAUGCCUUUGAUCGCGACGUGCACGCGGCGACGCUCCACAUCCAGAACAACAUCCUCACGCUGCGGUGCCCGCGAUGCGACGCAGCCUUUGCGACUACUCGGGAUGCGCAGCGCUCGGCUGCCACAGCUGCAACGCCGGCUUCUCAAUGCCGGCUCAAUCCGAACGGGCAGUCGUACUAUGUGACCGAGGCGCAGUUCAAGGCGGUGCAUCGCGGGCGGCAGCAGCAGGCAGUGACGGCGUACCUUGGUGGGCUUGAUGGUGCGGUGGCGGCCAAGGUGCGCGAGAUGCGGGCGCAGGACUUUGCGGAUCUGGGCAUUGUUGUGUAG